UUUUAAAAUAAAAAUGUCGUUCAUAGUAACAAGAAAAUUCAUUCAGAGAAUAGCAGUUCCUUCCACCAAUAGCAUGAUGCACGCACGCUUCAUGACGACGGCGCAACCACCACCCGUGUCUAAACCAAGACAAUUUAUGAAAAAAUAUGGUUAUGUAGGUAUUGGUGUUUACCUUGCUCUUGGCGUAGUCGAUUUAGCGGCCACCAUGGGCUUCAUUACUUGGAAAGGUGCCAAUCGUGUUCGAGAAGUUGAAGAUUACGUGAUUGGAAAAGCUAAAGGAGUGUUGGGAAUGGAGCAUACCCCACUUGAUCCACAACAAGUGAACGAAAAGCCCUCCUUAACCUCUAUAUUCGUUAUUGCAUAUGGCAUUCAUAAAACCCUUCUAUUGCCUUUACGACUAUCUUUGACUGCAGCCGUUACACCAGCAGUCGCAAAGAAGUUAAAAAGCUUGGGUUGGGUACAAAACAAAAUUAAUAAAAAGUAAAAAAUGUUAUUUUAUUU